AUGAUGGAUGACUUACGACCUGGGUUGGGUGGCAUUCUAGGUCUUAUGGAUCAUGACCACCAUCACCACCACUUACACCAUCAUCAUCCAAGUUCGGUCCAUGGAGAUAAGCAACGUUUAUCGAAGGGAGCCAAUGACUCAUCAAAUGAUUUAAGCUCGUUGUACGGUUUACCGGUAAACACCACUGGUGAUUCUUCUCAUCAUAAUACGCCUUCGCCAGGACGAGGAUCUCUAGCCGAGCAAUCUUCUUCAGAAGGAGCUUUUAAAAAAUUAAAAACUGAGCCACUUACUUCAGUAGGAAGUAUUAGUGCUAGUCAUCCUGGGCACACACCAACUACUGCGACGUGUCCAACUCCUGCAAGACGGAGACAUCGUACUACUUUUACUCAGGAACAACUCGCUGAGCUGGAAGCUGCUUUUGCAAAAUCCCAUUACCCAGAUAUUUAUUGUAGAGAGGAAUUGGCUAGAAGCACAAAGCUUAAUGAAGCUAGAAUACAAGUAUGGUUUCAAAACCGAAGGGCUAAGUACAGAAAACAAGAAAAGCAACUGCAAAAGGCUUUGGCUCCGCCCUCAAUGCUUCCGGGAUGUAACGGGGCCGCCAUGAUGAGAAACAUCUAUCCUACCGCCUCUAGAACAUACCAAACUUAUCCGCAUCCCAACAGCAUGAAUAGAUACCACCCUCAGAUGUCGUCUAGUUCUUACAUGUCAUCUGCUGUAAUGAAUCAGCCGUUUACAGUUACUAGCCAUCAUACUAAUCAUGGUGCAUCUUCUAGUCAAUCUUCAUUAACCACAUCAUCAGGUAUGAUGCCUGAAGAAGAAUGGUACAAUAAGAGUUUGUCAGCUUUACGAAUGAACUCAAGCCACCACGCUAAUCUAACUACACCAAUGUUGCAAUAUCAGACAUAGUUGUUGUGACUGUGAUAAUUAUUUUUACUUUAUCAUAAUGAUUACUGAAUAAUUUAUAUUGUAUCACGGGUUAUACAUACUAUACUUAAAAAAAAUCCUAUUUCAUGUUUUUAUCGUGUACUAUUUAUAACAAUUUUUAUAAUAUUACCCGUUUUGUCAAUCCACGCAUAGGUAAACUUUGUAGUAUGGUUGUACCCGAUAAUGUUUUAAGUUGCCUUAUUGUCGAAAAUAUUGUAUGAUACGUUUUGUUUUCUGAUUUGAUUCAUUUAUUUAUUUAUUUGUUUGUUUGAACUUUUCAAUGUCUAAAAAAAUAUUUGUACACUUCCUUCAAUUUUUUCGAUUCAUUAUAUUGCUAAACUUGUAUUUAGAAAGUAAAUUUUAAAGAAAAUUUGUAAAUAUAAAAACUUUUACUAAAAUGUAUAAAUUU